UCACACCUCACCUGAGAAUUUUUUCUUCUUAAUUACUACUAGUACUAAACUUUUGUGGCUCUUCUUUUUUCUUUUUCUAUAAUAAUCCUUCACCAUUACUUUUCCCUCCAUCGACAUACUUUUUUUUUUCUUUAUUAACAUUUCUUUUUCUUCGUCUCUGAAAACCAACGCUGGUAGCGUGCUGUUGUUUCUGGAAUCUUCUUCUUCCUUCUGUAAAUGCACUUUGCACCUUAUUCGCUAUUGCUAUGACUUUCUCUGCAUCUUCGCUUCGUCCUACCUCUUCUCCUUCCUAUUCACAGUUGUUGUGCUCUCUUAGGUACAAUAGGAAACUUCGUAGCCAAAUAAAUUUUGUUGUGACUCAAGGAAGAAAAGGUUGUUGGUUAAGGAAUGGUGUUACUGUUAAAUCGGUGUUGAAUGACAAUAGACCUAGUUUUAACAAUUAUGGAGCGCCGGAAUCUGCUAGGCUUCUCGAGAGGUUGUUUGAGCAGACACAGAAGUUGGACAACCGGAUGAUAGGAGAGGAACCAGAUCUUCGUGAUUUUGAGUCGGAUCUUUUGUCUGCGCUCAUGGAAUUGAAGGAGAAGGAGGAUCAUUUACAGGAAGUGGAGAGAACUGUUUUGUUGGAGAAUGGAAAGUUGAAGGAUGCUAAAGAGGAAUUAGAGCGCCAAGAGGGUGAAAUUAAGGCUGCUCGCGAGAAGUAUGAGAGGCUUGAAGAUGAGAUGAAGGAGGCAAUGGCUAGUUUGGUUUCUCAAGCUGGACAGGUAGAGGAAUUGAAGCUCCGGCUUAGAGAUCGUGAUAGUGAAACUGAUGGUUUACGGGAUGCGCUGUCUUUGAAGGAAGAAGAGAUGGAGAAAAUGAAGAUUGGUUUGGCUAAGAAGAGUGAAGAAGCUGCUUAUGUUGAUUCUGAGCUUAGACAAAAGGUUCAGCUUCUGAGUGAAGCAAAUGAGGUCGUGAAGAAACAAGAAAUUGAGCUUCAAGAACUACGGAGUGUUGUACAACAAAGAGAAGAAGAACUACGUCUAUCCGUUGCUGCAAGGGAUGUUGAAGGAGAAAAACUCAAGGUUGCAGAGGCCUCUUUGGAAAAGCAGGCGAUGGAGUGGUUGUUAACACAGGAGGAACUUAAGAGACUAGAAGAGGAGGCUUCAAAGCAUGCACAGGAGCGUAGUGAAACGCUAGAGGAUUUCAGAAGGGUGAAGAAGCUUCUCAGCGAUGUCAGGUCUGAAUUAGUUUCGUCUCAGCAAUCGCUUGCAUCUUCUAGGUACAAAAUGCAAGUACAAGAAGGGUUGUUGGAACAGCAGCUGGCUGAACUUGCAGACCAAAGGGAAAGUGUCAUGUUGUACAUGGAAAAUUUGAAAGAUGCCCAAAUAGAAGUUGAGAAUGAAAGAACAAAACUUAGUGUCGCAGAAGCUUUGAAUAAAGAACUCGAACAGGAUUUGUCCGUAGAGAAGGAGCUCAUGAAGAAGUUGCAGGAGGAGCUGAAGAAAGAAAAAGCUUCUUUGGAGCAGGCUGUCCAAGAAAUGGCUUUGCUUCAAGAGGAAUUAGAUAUAAAAAGUGCUGAAUUUAAGGAAAAAAGUGCCCUUCUUGAUGUCAAAGAGUCAGAGCUUGUUGAUGCUAAACUACAAAUCCAGGAAUUGAAAACUGAAAAGGCUUCUCUUCAGGCUCUCUUGGAGGAGAAAGACUUGGAACUUUCCAGUGCUAGGAAGAUGCUGGUGGAACUAAACCAGGAAAUCUCUGAUCUUAAGAUGCUUAUGAAUGACAAAGAAACACAGCUUAUUGAAGCAACCAAUAUGUUAAGGGAGAAAGAUGAGCAUGUGAAGGUAAUCCAAAAUAAGUUGAAUAAUACAAGCCUGAAGGCUUUUGAGGCCGAAACUGUGGUUGGACGAGUUUUAGAUCUCACAAACAAACUCGUUGCUUCCAUUAAGAAUGAAGACAUCAAUUCAUCAAGACCGCUAAAUGAAUUGGGUGAUCAAUUAAUGAUGCCACUUUCGGAGGACCCUACUAGUGAAUUGAGUUGGCAACAAAAACAGCUGGAGAAUGUGCUCGAGUUGGCCAAGGAAAACUUAAAAACCAAGGAGAUGGAAGUUCUUGCUGCACAGAGAGCUCUAACAAUUAAAGAUGAGGAGCUUAAAAUGACUCUUGCAAGAUUGGAUGCAAAAGAGGAAGAGUUGAGAAAAGCUAAGGACAUGGCUACAGAAGAUGCUAAUGAUCAUAAAAUGGUGUAUGCUAUGACGCAGGAGAGAAUCGCCGAGAAAACUAUGGAUGACUUGGCAAUUGAGAAGCUUCAGCUUGAGGCAGCUCAGCUUGAAGAUGAAGUUGAAGCUGCAACUAGCACUCUACAGAAACUUGCAGAAAUGAGUCAACAACUUUUGAACAAGGCCAUGCCGAGCGUUGAAGCUGAUAGCUAUACCAGUCUCAUGCAAAAUAACAAUGAUAUUAACCUCAAUUUAAUCACAAAUAUCAAUUGCAUUGAUUGUUUGGCUGUGGUAAAAGCAGGAGUUGCUCGUCUCUCAGCAUUGACAGAGCAGCUUGUGAUGGAUGCAGGUCUUGCUGCUGCAAGCUAGAAGACAUGUUACAGGACGCCGGUUGAAGAGGGACGUUGUAUUUGUAUGUUGUAAUCUAUUUUGCUAAAAGGCAUAGCAAGGUUAACCACAAAAAGUAGGUUAUAAGAUAUUCACUUUGUUUGCGGAGAUAUGUAUAGUGAUUGUAUCUGUCAUGUAUUUGUGCAGGUGGAAACUUAUUCUGUUGUACUAGUUACAUUUAGACUGUAAUUGUUUUUGACAACAAAUAUUUUAUCAGUUUUGCUUAGUUUUUCUCCAUUACACUAGUGUAUAUGAUAGAAUAAAUGAAGAAAAAAUAUGCUCCAUUUUUCUG